AUGGCACAACUUGAAUCUAGCUCUUUCAAUGCUAAAUUAAUAAUAAAUGAAUUGGAUCGUAUAAAGGCUGAUUAUUUGAAGACUUGCUCCGAUCAUGGUGAUUGUAUUAUUAAUUCUUCAAAUUCCGAUUGUUUAAAUUCUUCAUCACAUAAAACUUUGGUUCAAUUUAUUGGAGAGGAAAUGAAAUUGAAACAUGCUGUCAAUGUGACCGUUCAUGGGAAAUAUCCACAGAGAUUAAUUUGUUUGCAUUAUAAUCAAACGAGAGCAAAUUUUGAAAAUUCAUUGACUAGGGCAUGUCGUGGAGUAAUUGUAGAUUUGGAAGAGAUGAGGAUUGUUCAUAUGCCUUUUUCAAAGUUUUUCAAUUUUAAUGAACCAAUGGCUAAGAGAGAUUCAGAAAUUAUUUCAGAACAUUUCGAUCAUGUUAAAAUUUAUGAGAAAUUCGAUGGAUCAAUUGUGAAUUUUUACUUUUUUGAUGGAGAAUGGAGGGUGGCUUCAUCAUCAACUCCUGAUGGAAGUGCCAAGAUGGGAUUUUAUUCAGUUUCAAAGGAUAAAGAGGAAAAUGAAAAACAUAGACAGGAAUCAAAGACUUUUGUAUUUGCUGAUUUGGUGUGGAAUGCUUUUAAUGACCUCGGUUUCAAAAUACCACCAACAGAAUUUGAGGGAAAAUAUUCAUUUACAUUUGAAUUAUUAACUCAAAAACAUCCAUUAGUUGUACAACAUCCAGAACAGGAUAAUUUAAUUUUACAUGGUGUGAGAUGCUUGGAAACAUUUUCAGAAAAAUCAAUUGAACCAUUUGCUCAACAAUUCAAUUGGAAAUACGCAACAUGCGUUAAGGAAAAAUUCGGAUUCAAAUCAUUGGAAGAUGUUUCCAAGAUGGCUGAUGAAAGAAAUGCCUAUGAACACGAAGGGUUUGUCGUUUGUUAUGAAACUCCAGAUAACAACGGGUCUGAAUCAGUUGAUUUCAUUAGAGUGAAGAUUAAAAAUUCUGAAUAUGUGAAAAUUUCACUCACCUUAUUCGAUUCCGUGGAAAAAAGAGAAAACUCCUUUAUAGAAAUUAUUAAGAAGAAUGAAUCUAGUGAAUUUUUAGCUUAUUUCCCUCAAUUCGAAUCGGCUUUCCACAGAUUAAAGUUAGAAUAUAACUCCAUAGUGGAAAAGUUGAACAAUGUUAGAGGGAAAAUAGAGGGAAUAGUUGAGGAACUUGUAAAACAGGAAACUGACACUAUCAGUGUCACAAGGAUGAAAGCUCUUCAAUCCAUUGCCAUUCAACAAGCCAAAGAUGAACUCAAAUUCUCCAAAACGAUUGCAGAUAUAAUGUUUGGAUUAUGUUCUGAUAGACAACUCAUGGUUGAGGAUGUUCUCAAAUCAAUGCCUCUUAAACGAUACAAAACUCUCCUUUUCUAA